AUGCAGUCCUAUUCUAAUUCCGGCCCUGCCUCAACAGCCAGUGUCAGCGACCUGGACGGCUAUACAUUACCCUUCAACGCCUACACUCCUCUCGAAAGCGACGAGUUUGGCUUCGAUCCACCAACAGACAAGUCUGCGUACCCCAAGAUGGAUCAAGCCUAUAGUCCACCUGAACCCGCCGACAGCAGCAUGUGGCCAGAGUUUCAGCGCGAAGAUCAACAAAAACAAACACACUCCAGCUACGAAAUCGACAAGCUUAUAUCUCAGAACCUCCCCAACGCCACCAAUGCCAUAUCUCGAUUUGGUCAAGUCACCCCUCCUCGCACCAACUCUACCGACAGUGUCGAUCGGAUACCGGACUCGUCCAAAGAAUCAAGUUUUGCAGAUAAGAAGAAACGUAUGUCCAGGACACAAGCAAAGGAGCAGAGUGCGGAAGCCGCAGGGACGUCCACUGGCCGAAAAAGAAAGGCUUCACGCAAAGCUGCGGCUACUACAACGAUGAGCGAGCCCCUCGGCGGUCCAGGCGACGAGAAGCGAAGAGCGUCCUUGGAGAAGAACCGCCUGGCAGCUGCGAAAUGCCGCGUCAACAAGAAAGAGAAGACCGAGCAGCUGCAGCGUGAUUCGCACGACAUGGCGAUACAGAAUUCAUUUCUGAAGCAGCAGCUGUUGCAGAUCAGCGACGAGCUUCAGCAGAUUCGGGCUCAUGCUAUCGCCCAUAUCAGCUCGAAAGGUUGCAAGGGCCCUGAGGAGAUCCAAAAACGACUUCAGCUUAGCGGUAAUCUUCUCUCGGGUCAAAUGCAGCCUAGCGGACUCAACGGUGCUGCAUACGCCGAAUACCGAUCUAUGGACCUCGAUGCUAUGCAGGGCAUGGCUCAGCAGCUCAUCCCUGAUAGCUACUUUCCAGGUCCAGACGCUCAAGGCUCGAUGCUGAACCCUCCGCUACCCGAUUUUGAAGGGUCUGCUGAGUUCGACGCGCAUACUCCGAUGAAGAUCGAUUGCGACACCUGA